AUGAGGUCCAAACACCAGACUAUCUUAAUCGAGGAAUUGAUUCAAUGGUAUCGCGAGAAUGGAGAGUAUUGCAAACGUCCAUUUAAAAAAACACUGGUUCAUGAAUUGAAGGAAAAUGGGAUUCUCAUGUAUUCUGAAUCGCUGGACGAGUGGGAACUAUGGCAUCACUUUGAAUGGGAAUUGGAGGCCGAUGAGGACGAUGAGGAUGAUGAUCCAAGAUAUUAUGUGGAUUCCGAUCACGAAUGUCCCCCCGAUGAUGAGGAUCUGCGCCGUGAAUAUGCCGGGGAAGAAUACUUUGAUUAUUUAGAGUAUCCCGAUGAUUAA